AUGUUCAGAAAGUUAUUGCUAUUGAAUGUUAUUAGUAAUAGCAAGAGUAUUUACAAACAACUCGGUAGCUACAAAUAUUUUGUAAAUAGUAUAUUCAAUACAUAUAUUGUUGUUGAUAAAGAUAGAACUUAUAGUAGUAGUAGUAGUAGUAGUAAUAACAGUAGUGGUAAUAAUAAGUUUAUAAAAGAUAAUAGUUUUAUUAUUGGAACUGAUAGAUCAAAAACAACUGUACAUUGUAAUAGUAACAGUAAUAGUCAUAGUCAUAGUCAUUCAAAGAUGCAAUGUACAACAUCUAAUCAAUCGAUUUGGUCAUCAUUUAUUUUAUUCGAUCAAACAACAGAGAGAUAUUUGUUGAUAAAGAACAACAAUGGAGAAACAAACACAUCGGUAGAUCAAGCUAUUCCACAGAAUUUCUAUGGAUUUCCUUCAUUGAAUAUAUUAGAACAACAAAAAGAUCAAAAACAACAAGAAGAACAACUUACUUUCUUAAAUCAAUUUGUAAAGGUUGUUGGCAAUGAAAAGAAAGAUUGUAUAUUCUUUAUUGGUAAUUUGUUAGCACCGUUCUAUGCAUUCCAAUUGAAACGUCAGUUGAUCAACUACUACUUGGUAGCGAUCAAAGAUGACAAACAAAUCGAUUUAGAAAAGCUGCAACAACUAUUCCCCAACCAUUCAUAUCAAUGGAUUGAUUGUAAAGAUAACAAUCUACUGGAAUCUAAAUUCAACGAUACAACAAGUGGUAGUGGUGGCCAAUGGUUAACCACUCCAGAGACUAGACGUGUUUCAAAUGUAGUUUGUAGUUUAACAAGAGAUAAUCUACAUCUUUUAAUGAAUACAAACAACACUUCCAGUGAUGGUGAUACUACUGCUUUGAAACGGGAGGAUGAUAAUCACGUCGGUAUCUACACACCGCUGGAAUAUGCACCGGGAAUAGAGAGUGUACCAAUAGUGUCUAAUACGGUGGUGCCUUUCUUCAGUACGAAUCUCAUUGUCUGUCGGGAUGGAGCCGAUCUUUUGCUUGUGGAUCCUGGUGCAAGUGAAAAAGGAAAACAACACUUUGAGAACAUUCUGCAAUCGUCGAGACUAAACGACGUCAAGCCAGAGAAUGUGACGGUAUUCCUUACACAUGAACACAAGGAUCAUUGGGAGGGACUGCCAGUGGUCGAGAAGCACUUUCCAACUGCUCGACUGGUGUCGCAUCAAGAGUGCAUCGAUGUCGUCAACGACUAUACAACGCUAAAGAAGGUGGCAGUCACAGGUCAACAGUUCUCAAGGAGACUGUCAGCGGUGAUCACCUCGGAGAAUGAAUCGGCGGAAUAUCAACCGAUUGACAAUGCCAAUAGUAUUGUUGUCGGCAAGAAGAUAUUCGAUGUCGUUGCGACACCGGGACAUACGAGUAACUCACUGUGUUUGUUCGAGAGGAAAUCUAGGACGUUGAUUGCCGGUGAUCAUAUUGUUGGCUGGGGAUCUACCGUAUUGGAUGACCGCAACGGUAGUAUGAAGAAAUACUUGGAAUCUACUCAGUCGAUGAUCGACGUAUUGCAGCCAAAGAUUGCACUUCCCGCCCACGGACCGGCUUGUUAUGAUCCCAUCCUUCUUUUACAAACCUUCAUCAAACAUCGAUUGGCAAGAGAAAAGUCUAUACUCGAAGCAUAUAAAUCGGGUCAAACCACACUUCAACAACUACUCUCGGCAGUCUAUCGUGAUCUCGAUCCUAAACUACAUCAACUCGCAAUGAUGAACAUUAGAUUACAUCUUGAUAAAUUAAAAGAAGAUGGUGCAAUCUAA